UUUUUAGUUUUUGUUUCACAACAAAAAAUAUUGACGCGUUUAGAGUGAAAAUAUUCGUAUUCCUAUUAUACUGUGCUUUAAAUUUUUGUGAUCAGUAAUUAACAAUGAAGUUCCAAUACAAGGAAGAGCAUCCGUUCGAAAAAAGGAAGUCUGAAGGAGAGAAAAUUAGAAGAAAAUAUCCUGAUAGAGUACCUGUCAUUGUUGAGAAAGCCCCUAAGGCUAGAAUCGGAGAUGUUGACAAAAAGAAAUAUUUGGUUCCUUCAGACCUGACAGUUGGCCAAUUUUACUUUUUGAUCAGGAAGAGAAUCCAUCUGAGGCCAGAAGAUGCUCUGUUUUUCUUUGUAAAUAAUGUUAUUCCACCCACAUCUGCAACCAUGGGAUCUCUUUAUCAGGAACACCAUGAAGAAGAUUUCUUUCUGUACAUAGCCUAUUCUGAUGAAAAUGUCUAUGGCUCUGAUGAUCUAUAGAAAGUAUGGUAAAAAUUAUUAUUUGUUAACUUUAUUGUAUCAAAUGUAAUACAUUAAAACACUACAUUUUUUCGAUCUUAACUAAAUGUAAUCAAAUCAGAAGUUGACUCAAAUGUGAGUCCUCUAGAAAUAAAAGCUGUGGUUCUUUUGAGUUUUGCUAAGGCAAUUAGUGUUUAUUUUAAUAUAUGCACAUAUGAAUAAGGUCAGAAUAAUAUAUCCAUAUCAUUGUCUGCUAAAUAUCUAGUGACUACAGCUCCCUAGAUGUUUUUUCUGUGUUUAGCAAACAAUGAUUCAUAUAUUUCCAUAUCUAUCUUAGUGUUGGUAAUUAUAUUAGUGAUUAGAAAAUGUGAUAAGGUAUAAAAAAAUAAUAAAAUUAUGUUAAUAGU